AUGGAAUAUGGAGAAGAACCCUCGAUUAAAAGAUUUCUAAUGCUUCCUGAUGAUUUGGUAUUUAACUGCUUAGCUCGCGUCUCAAGAUUACAUUAUCCAACUCUCUCAUUAGUCUCCAAAAAAUUUCGCUUUCUUCUUGCUUCAAAGGAGCUUUACCAAACCCGAAUCCUCUUAGGCGGAACGGAGAGUUGUCUUUACGUGUGCGUACGACUCCAUACCGAUUCUGAACAACUACAUUGGUUCAUUAUCUACCAGGGACCAAAUAGCUCCAAAAAAGUUUUGGUCCCGAUUUCAUCUCCCAAUUUUACUUCCGCAGCCCUGCCGGGUUUUGUAGUGGUCGGUCAUGAGAUAUAUGCCAUUGGCGGUGGAUCAGAGAAUAAAAACGCUUCGAUAAAUGCAACUGGAUCAAAGACUUAUAACGCUUUGUCUAGCGUUAUGGUUAUGGACUCUCGUUCUCACACAUGGCGUGAAGCUCCAAGCAUGCGGGUGGCCCGUGUGUUUCCAUCUGCUUGUACCCUCGAUGGGAGAAUAUAUGUUACGGGAGGCUGCGAAAAUCUCAAUUCAAUGAAUUGGAUGGAGAUUUUUGAUACGAAGACUCAAACUUGGGAGUUUUUACAGAUCCCUAGCGAGGAGGUAUGCAAAGGCUCUGAGUACUUAAGCAUAAGUUAUCAAAGAACCGUCUAUGUAGGGUCUAGGGAAAAAGAUGUCACUUACAAGAUGCAUAAAGGUAAAUGGAGAGGGGCAGACAUAUGCCUGAAUCAUGGAUGGAGUCUGGAUCCAUCAUCUUGUUGUGUGAUAGAGAACGUGUUCUACCGUUGCAGUCUUGGGGAUGUACGUUGGUAUGACCUCAAGAAAAGAGAAUGGGCAGCUUUGAAGGGUUUGGAAGGACUGCCUACUUUUACUAAUUAUUAUAGAAAUUUUAAAUCGGCGGAUCAUUGUGGAAAAUUGGCGAUUUCUUGGGAGGAGUAUGUGUUAGUUGAUGACGAAACAAAGAUUUGGUGUGCGGAAAUUGCGAUUCAAAAACGCCAAAAUGGAGAAAUUUGGGGAACGCUUGAGUGGUUUGACAAUGUGUUUAUAUCCAGUGGACCAAACCGUCAUGUGGAUUUAUUAGUGAAUGCUCUUACUGCAACAGUUUGGUGA